GUUGAUGAUAAACUCCUGUCGACUGCCGGUGCCAAGACCACGGAUAGUCGGCGCUUCAGUAAGCCGUCCCUCAAUUAGAGUAUGACGACAUGUGCUAGCUGCCGCACAGCUACCCCGCAGCCAAUAAACAGGGCCCAAUAGUUAAUGACCACGACCUCUCCACCCUCCCAAUCAACAUAGCCCUCCCUGCGCCAGACGAAACAUAAUUACAAAUCCCAUGAGUAGAUGAUCUCCUCAAAGCUUCUAUAUAACAGUAGUCUGCGACAGAUUGUUCGACAGGCUCCGAGAGCAUUUAAAAAUCCGAUUUUCGCAGUUACAGCGCAGACGAGAGCUAUGGCGACGGAAUUCAAGAUUAAGAACCUUGCGGCGCUUGAUUUGAAGCCGGGGGAGAAGAGGCAGGUUGAGGUGGAUGGGGUUGAGGAUGGGAAGGUCUUGUUGCUGAAUGUUGGGGGGAAGACUACUGCUGUCGGUGCUAGAUGCACUCAUUAUGGUGCCCCGCUUGUCAAGGGAGUUUUGACUGGAGAUGGCAGAAUUACCUGCCCAUGGCAUGGAGCUUGCUUCAACGCAACGACGGGUGAUAUUGAGAACGCCCCAGCCCUUGAUAACCUCCCCGUCUUCGGGCUCGUCGAGAAGGAUGGCGGUGUCUAUGUCACAGGUGCGCAGGACAAGAUCAAGGGAAGCAGGAGAAAGCCAAAUAUCAAAUGCUCUGCUGUGAAGCCUGAGAACAUCGUUGUUGUGGGAGGCGGGUCGGGGGCCAUUGGUACUGUUGAGGCGCUUCGCGAACAGGGUUAUAAGGGCUCCAUCACUUUGAUCAGCAAUGAGGGAUACCUGCCAAUAGACAGGACGAAGCUGUCUAAGGCUCUGAUUGCCGACCCGGUCAAGAUUGGACUGAGAGACCAGCCAUGGUUUGACGAGGCGGGGAUCACCACUGUCACUGAUGAGGUGACCGAGGUUGAUUUCCUCACUAAGAAAGUGCACACGAGAUCUUCGAGCGUGUAUCCCUACACCAAGCUGGUGCUCGCAACUGGUGGAACCCCUCGCCAGCUCCCACUACCAGGCUUCAAGGAGCUCGGAAACAUCUUCGUGCUACGAAACAUCCAUAAUGUCAAAGACAUCCUGGCCGCUAUUGGCGAGAAGAACAAGAAGAUUGUUGUCAUCGGCAGCUCUUUCAUCGGCAUGGAAGUUGCCAAAGCCACAUCUAAGGACAACACCGUCUCGGUGGUGGGUAUGGAGAAGGUUCCCCUCGAGCGCGUCAUGGGCGAGCAAGUCGGCUCCUACCUACAGAAACAACUCGAGGCAAUCGGCGUUAAGUUCCACAUGAACGCCGGCGUCGACAAAGCCCUGCCCUCCGCCUCUGACCCCUCCAAGGUCGGCGCCAUCCAACUCAAAGACGGCACCAAACUCGACGCCGACCUCGUCAUCCUCGGCGUCGGAGUCGCGCCUGCAACCGAAUAUCUUAGGGGCAACAAGUCCGUGCAACUCGCCAAAGAUGGCUCCCUAACUGUCGACGGGGACUUCCUCGUCCAGGGCGUCGAUGGUGUCUACGCCGUCGGCGACAUCGCGACGUACCCUUACCACGGCCCCGGCGGCAACGGCGCCCCGGUCCGCAUCGAGCACUGGAACGUAGCGCAGAACUCCGGCCGCGCAGCCGCCGCACACAUCGUCUCCCCAACAGUGGCGCGCAAGCCAUUCAUCCCCAUUUUCUGGUCAGCGCUCGGGGCGCAGUUGCGGUACUGCGGGAACACGGUGACUGGGUAUGAUGGGAGCGUGGUGCAGGGGUCGCUGGAGGAGUAUAAGUUUGCGGUGUUUUAUACGAAGGGGGAGGAGGUGGUGGCGGUGGUUACUAUGGGGAAGGAUCCGGUGGUGUCGCAUGCGAGUGAGUUGAUGAGGAGGGGGAUGUUGCCGGGGAAGAAGGAGUUGGAGGGGGGGCUGGAUAUCUUGACGAUUGAGGUUCCUGCUUUGUAAGUGGUGUGUUAGGAUUGGGGUUUAUGGGAAGUAAUAUGGCAAUGACUUUUGCGAGUUGAGUUGAUCUCUAGCUCUUGCGGACAGAAAUGAGAGAAUAUUCCACAGUGCCUCGUCCAUCUUGCCUGGGGCUGAACAAAUGAGCGGAUACCUUGCCAACCCCGAACAGUUGUGGACACUAACAAGACUCAAACGAAAAUGUACAAGGCAAACAACUCCUCCGGCAGCGUAUGCUCAUUGGUUUAGCCGCGUUGAACUCGUCAAGAAGCACCACAUUAUUAAAUCGUGUGAAGGCAGUAGGUAGCCAAGUGUUGACGACUAAACAACUUCGUCAUCGACCUUCUGCCUCAUAGGAGACAAUGCGGUGUGGGCGGUGGUGCCGUGCUUAUAAGUCGGAGCGAUUCUUUCCCCGAGGCCCCGUACAAUAUCUGGCUUGUUACAAGAAUAGUUAUCAUCAUUUUUAUUAUAAGUGUUCAUUGGGC